GCGAAGUCCACAACAUGUCAACUUUUCAGCAUGCCAAAACAUUUAUCUUUGGCUGUGUUUGUUUGUUUAUUUGAUAGAGAUUUUUUCCCCUCUAAUCUUAAACUUAAAAUAAAAUAAAAACCUUUGACCAGUGACCAGAUUAUAAUUUUGUAUUGCAAACAGUUCUUGGAUGUUAAUGAUUAUCCUCAAACUAGCCUUAUAUCUUAUCUUAGCUCUCUCCUUUAACACGAGUCUUCAUGACCACAACAGCUUAGAGGCAAUGUCCACUUCCAGCACAACUGUCAUGGAGAUAUUUCCUUACCAUUAUGGAGACUUUCUCUUGAUACACUUCUGUUAAAACAACAAGAAUGGCCGUUUCACAGGUUUACAAAGUGCUGUGGGGUACAGCCAUAGUUUUUGUGAUUUUAUCUCACUUCAGUCUGGGAUUAUUGUCUGACUACAAGAUCUGUGGAGAUUUUGCAUGUGAAAGCCCAGUGAGCAGAGUGCAGGCAAUCAGGGACCACCAAGGUAAAGACUGCCGUUUCCUGAGCUUCAGAACAGGAGACACCAUUUUUGUUUACCACAAACUGACCGGAAAGAGGGAAGACCUCUGGGCAGGCAGCAUUGGCAGACAGUCUGGUUAUUUCCCAAAGGAUGCAGUGCAAGAGGAGCAGGUUCAUACAACAACGGAGAUAGUAGUGAAAACACAGGAAUCUGAUUUCUUCUGUAUGGAUGAGUUUGGUUAUCCCAUUGAUUCCAGUCUUCUGGACAGUGAUGAUGACAGUGAUGAUGAGAAAACCCAAAACCAGGAGUCAGAAACCACCCAAACCACCCCAUAUACUGACAACACAAAUGCUGAAAGUUCUUCAGCAUCUGAAGUAGAUGUGUCUACAGAACCUCUAGUGUCAGCACGGGAAGAUGAUGGCACAUCAACAGAAGAGGACAGAAGUAAAAAUGUCAGUGAUGCUGCUGUUGGGACUCAGGAGGACACACAGGAGGCUUCUGCAACUCUCAAUGAACAAGGUGGGUCUGCUUCGUCUUCCUGGCUUGGUUCUUCAGUGACAGGAUGGUUAGGUCUGGCUAAGGAGAACGGACCUGGCAAUUUGGCAGAAGGAGAGAAAAAAGAUGAGAGAAAAGAGACACAGGCUGAAGCUUCUCUCACUUCUUCUGUGACCAGAUGGCUGGGGUUGGCAGGAGGAGGAAAAUCUGAUGAUGCUGUGAAAAGUAGAGAAGACAACAGAGAAACUGCUGAUUCUUUCACUUCAACCAUGACAGGAUGGCUUGGUUUUGGAGGAGAGAAAAAAACAGAUGUUUCCACAGACAAAGAGCAGGUUGAAGAAAGAAUAAUUGAUGAAGAACAAGAACCAGCAGAGACAUUCAGGAGUAGGAGAAUGUCUUUGGACCUAGAAGGUAGCCAGUUACAUGAGAAGGAGAAGGAAGAGAGGGGGGCUUUGGAGUGGCUGGGAAAUGGACUGUCAAACACCCUGGGGUUUGGCCUCACCAGUCAGAAUCCAGGGCAAGAGACAACAACUGAACAAGAGGCCGAAGAGACAAUUCAGGAAGAGAAAGAACAGCUAGCAGCUAGUUCUUGGCUUGAUAUGGGGAUCGGAGACAUUUUGGGCUAUGGGAAAGACAACAGUGAAGUUGAUGAGAGCAAAGAAAGAGGUUUUAAAGAGUCAGAUCAAGACAAAACCUUGGAACAAAGAACAGACUCAGAGAAUGUGGAUGCUAGCGAAUCACAAGGUGCGCUGCCAGAGGAGGUAAAGACAGAAACUAGCAAUGAUUCAAAGAUGGAUGAAACUCUGAAAGAUCAAAAUGUUCCAUCAGAGAUGGAGACGGUGCCAGGAUCCACAGAGACAGUCACUACUGACAGUAAUAAUAGAGAUCUACCAGCAGGGACUUCAGACAGUAGCAGGGAUGUUGUAUUACCUGAAGAUGCAGCAUCCAAAGACAGUCAAAAAGAUAUUUCUUCUCAAAACAAGUUAGAGGAAAAGUUCCAAGAUGAAGUUGGAAUGUCUUCACUGCAAGACAGCUUUUUUCAUAAGGGCAGUGAGGACGAAGAGGAGGAUGUUUUAGAUGAUAACAAAAAAGAAACAAACACACUAGAUGCAGAAAUAUCUGCAGAAAUGAAAGAUGAAGAUCAGCAGAUGCCCAAAUCAGCAGAAAAUGUGGGUGAGGAUGAAAAGAGAGAGCCAGAAAAAGAAGAAGCAAACACAGCAAGUGACACUGAUCAGGUUUUUUUGACACAAUCUGACAUCAACUUAGCACCCGACUUCAGCUCUGUGGAUUCACAUUCAAACUCCAGUGGACAAUCUGCUGGUGAGGAAGGCCAAACAGAGGACGAGGUUGAGGAAACUUACAACACAGAGGAAUCCAGCGAUACAUCUGUUAAAGUUGAUGCUAGCAGUAGUGAUCCUGAAGGUGAAGAGAUCAAUAUAGAGAGAGGUGCACUUCAGAGAGAAAGUUCAUCAGAACAAAGUCAAGUCAGUGGUAGCGCAGAAGAGAGCAGUGGAGAGAGUCAGCCUUCUUUGUCAUCGGGCACAGCUGAGGAGAAAAAUGAACCAGCCUCCAAUGAGGAUGACACUUUAACUGUUCACAGUGAUGGAACCAGUGUCCAACAUUUAGAAUCACUGACUAUGGCUGAUAACACGGAGGCAGAGACACGUCAGGGUGAUUCGGGGCAGGAGGAAGAGGGGUUUGAAUCGUCCCAUUCCACUGAUAAAAGUACAGAAAUUAGCUCUGAUGAUGCCUCAGAGCAGGACCGAAGAACAUUUUACACUAGCGGGAGCACAACACAGAUGGAAGACAAUGCAGAUCAGGAUUCUGUGUCUCCACUCAGGCAACAAAGUGACAGUGAUCCACACAUUCUAAAUGAAACUGAGAAAGAUGGCAACCUCCAGCCAGUUCCAACUGAAACAAUAAGGUCUGAGAAGCAUGUUUUGAAUGAAAAAGGUCUGAAUUCAGCUUUAGGUUCUGAAACAGAGACAAAGCAAGCAGAGGACUCAACAGAGGAUUUAAACCAGAGGGAGGAAGAAGUGCUAAAGGAGGGCGAGGAGGAGGUAAAGGCACUGGAAAAGCAGGAGGGAGUAGAGGAGGAAAAGCAAAAUGAUGACGAUCUUCUCUUAAAGGAAGAGGAGAGGCAGAUC